CAAAAAAGAGUCUCCACUCCCCAGCCAGCUAGCCAAACCCCAAGCCGAAAGCAGCCGCCAUUGUUGGCAUUGCACCACCAAAAGCAGCUGCUGCCGCUGCUGCUGCCGGCGACGCGGAUGGGUGCCGCGCGAGCACGGUGUUGGAAGCUUCUGCCCUUCCGCUCACAGCCGCCGGCAAGGGAGGGAGUCCCUGUGCCAGAGGAGGUGCCGGUGGAGUUCCUGUGCCCGGUCUUGGGCACACCGAUGGCGGACCCGGUGAUCCUGCCGUCGGGGCGGACGUAUGAGCGCGCGUGCGUCCAGGCCUGCGUGAAGCUCGGCGUCUCGCUCGGCCCGAAUGGAGUGCUGGUAGGGGAGGCGCCCGGUGGUGCAGUGGUUGACGUGGCCAUACCCAACGACGCGCUCCGGGCGGCCGUCCGGACGUGGUGCGCGCGCUCUGGUCGCGCUGCGCCCGUGGCGCCUUCUGCGGAGAAGGCAAGGGAGGGAGUGCUCCGCGCGGUGCCACCGGUGCCAUCGCCAGCACCGGCGAGGUCGUCGUCGAAUCUGUCGUGCUCGUCGUCGGGGGCGUCCGCUGCGUCGACGUCGUCGUCGACGACGACGGAGAUAGCCGCGGUGGAGGUGGAGGUGGAGAAGGAGGCGGUGAAAGAGAAAGAAGCGGUGUCGCUAAGGGUUGGUGAGGCGGAGGAGGAGGCGGUGGCGAAGGCGGUGGAGGCGGGGGAUGAGAGGGAGGUGGAGGCGGCGAUGGCCGCGCUGCGGCGAGCGACGCGGGAGGGCACGGCGAGCCGGCGCGCGCUCUGCGGGCCGCGGCUGCUCGCGGCGCUCAGGCGCGUGCUGCUGUCCUCGCGCCACACCGCCUCUGCGCGCGCCGACGCCGCCGCGGUGCUGGCGAACCUCUCCCUCGAGCCGGAGAACAGGGUGCCUAUCGUGCGCGCGGGCGCGGUGCCGGCGCUCGUCGAGGUCAUCGCCUCGACCGCCGCGCCGCCGGAGGCGUGCGAGCACGCGGCCGGCGCGCUCUUCGGCCUCGCCCUCCACGAGGGCAACCGCGCCGCCAUCGGCAUGCUCGGGGCAGUGCCGCCGCUCCUCGCCGUCAUCGCCGCCAGCAACCACGCCCCGCGUGCGCGCCACGACGCCGGGAUGGCGCUGUACCACCUCUCCCUCUUCGCUGUGAACCAGUCCAAGCUCGCGCGCGCCCCGGGCGCGGCCAGGAACCUGCUCUCCAUCGCGCGCGAGCACGCCGAGCCCUCGCCCAUCCGCAGGCUGGCGCUCAUGGUGGUCUGCAACGUGGCCGCCUGCGCGGAGGGCCGCACCGCGCUGAUGGACGCGGGCGCCGUGGCGACGGUGACCGCCAUCCUGUCCGACGACGCGCGCAACUCGGAGCUGCAGGAAUGGUGCGUCGCGGCAUUGUACGGUAUGAGCAGGGGCAGCCCGCGGUUCCGGGGGCUCGCCAGAGCGGCCGGCGCCGACCGCCCGCUCAUCCUCAUCGCCGAGCAAGCGAACCCCGGCGUUCACAAGGGGAUGGCGCAGACGGCGCUGCGCACAAUGCUGGGCCUGGGCGACAGCGACCUGUCGGACUGCAGGGACAGCGAGGGCUACUAUGGCGCAUCGGCGCCGCCUCACCGCCGGCGCGUGGCGAGCUGGGGCGCUCCGCCUGCCGCGACACCGCCAAGCUCUCAUCAAUGCCGAUCCGUAUGCAUUGAUUAAUUGACGUUUAUAUGCUACAUGAUGGUGUGACGUGCUUUCUUCGGGUUGAAAUCGUGGUGUGCUUUCUUCUUUCUUGAUUGGUCCGUCAUUUUUGAUGGAUGGUGCAGUGAAUUGGUGAUGAAACCAGAGUAGUGCAUGUGUGUAUGUUUGUACUCUGUACUGUACUGCUACGUUGUUCUUGUCAUGCCAGCCAAACUGUAUAUAGGUUAUUGCUUGCAAGUUAAUGCAAUGUUUUGUUAAUUGCAUUAUAUUAUUGUACUAAUUGCAAAGUUUACAUA